CCAGCACUCGGUGUUUGCGUGUGUGAGAGAUAUGCUAUCGCUGAGAAUUUGCUCACGUCCGUUUGCGAUUUCGAAAACCCGAAAAGGUCUCGAGCAGACACUCGCGCUUACUUGUCCACGAAACGUUUCGCAGAGUAGCCCUAGAAGCCUGUGUUUCUGCGCGAAGCCGAUUGAGCCAAAUGGACUGACUUCUGCCUCCUCAACUUCUGAAAAUCAUCUUCCCCACGAUUCUCCUCUUUCUGGAGUGGAGGAUGUUCUAGUGAGCUAUAUAUUUGGAAAGAAGAGGGCAACAGAAGUUGCUCAUUCGGUUUGGAAACAUGUAGUCCAGAAAGGGGAUACAGUCAUUGAUGCCACUUGUGGCAAUGGCUAUGAUACCUUAGCAAUGCUCAAAAUGGUCGCUGAUGAAUCAGGUAGGGGGUGUGUUUAUGCAAUGGACAUUCAGAAGGAUGCUUUAUUGAACACUUAUUCCUUGCUGGAACAGUCACUCAAUCCGAAUGAGAUAGAGCUUGUCAAGCUCUUGCCCAUAUGCCACAGUGAAAUGGACAAAGUUGUUUCAGAGAAUGCCUCCGUGAGGCUUGUUGCUUUCAACUUAGGUUUCCUUCCUGGUGGUGACAAAGCAAUAAUCACAAAGCCAGAGACAACAUUACCGGCACUGGAAGCUGCAAAAAAAAUCCUAAUGCCAGGAGGGCUUAUCAGCUUAGUAGUUUAUGUGGGGCAUCCUGGCGGAUGGCAAGAAUGGGAGACUGUACAAAGUUUUGCUUCUGGGUUGCCACUUGAUAACUGGGUUUGCUGCAAGUUCCAGAUGUUAAACAGACCUUGGGCUCCAAUACCCGUUUUCUUAUUCAAAAGAUGAUUCCCAGUUGUAAGAGUUUUUGUACCAUAUUAAACUCUUCCUACCCAACCAUCUAUAUAUAUAUAUAUACACAUAUAUAUAUAUAUAUAUAUAUAUAUAUAUAGAGAGAGAGAGAGAGAGAGAGAGAGAGAGAGAGAGAGAGAGAGAGAAUUACUUGAAUCAAAUUGCUUGUCUCGCCGCGCUCCUGUUUGUAGUAUUCUUCAGUACUCGGUUGUGUGAUGCUUAGGGAAAGGAAACGCACACGCAUAGACAGAUGAAACAUUGAUGAAGGCUCCGUUUGUCUCACAGAAUUUUUUUUUUUUUUUUUUUUGUCUUUUUGAAUUGCUCUCACAAAGAGGAAGUAAUCUUACUCCAACUACAUUUUAUCCUCA